AUGUCUGUCGAGCUUCAACCCACGCCCAGUGCUCGCUCCACGCGCUCCGCGCCCGCAACCGACGAUGAGGAGGGUAACAACUUGAUCCAGGCCCUGCCACCAACGGACAAAGGCGCCGAUGCAUGGAAGUUUCUGAUGGCGAGUUUCCCCUUGACUUUUGGUGUCUUCCAGGAGUACUACUCGUCGCACCCGAAGUUCGAGGCCAAUCCCAAUAUCGCGGUUAUUGGUACAGUGUCAACAAGUAUUUAUUUCCUCGGCGCUCCCGUCGUGGUGCCAUUGGUAGCACGUUUCCACGCUUGGCAGAGACACAUGGUUGUCGUCGGCUGGAUCAUCUGCGUCGUCUCUCUUGUCGGCGCAUCCUUCUGCGACUCCGUUGAAGGGCUCAUCGCCACCCAGGGCGUCCUCUACGGAAUCGGGUUCUCAAUGUUGUAUUUCCCCGUUCUUCGGAUGCUCAAUGAGUGGUUCGUCGCUCGUCGCGGCUUCGCGUACGGUGUUCUCUUCGCUGGCGCCGGCUGCAGCGGUGUUGGCCUGCCGUUCCUGCUACAGCUACUCCUCUCGAAGUAUGGGUACCGCACGACGUUGAGAGCCGUCGCAGUUGCUCUGUUCGUAUUGGUUGCACCGUUCAUGCCGAUGCUCAAGGGUCGCCUCCCCCCUUCAUACCACGGCGCAUUGCGCAUGUUCGAUGCGAGUUCCUUCAAGCAGCCCCUUUUCUGGUGCUUCUCGCUUUCGAACCUGUUUCAGGGGUUCGCGUACUACAUCCCGUCGCUGUAUUUGCCGUCUUAUGCAUCGGCUCUCGGCCUCUCGGGAACGAUGGGUGCUCUGAUCCUGGCCGUCUACAACUUGGCUACGGUGUUUGGCCAGCUUGGUUUUGGAUGGCUGUCGGACCGCACGAACAACGUUCUCAUUCUUGUGUUCGUGUCGUCGUUUGUGUCUUCGGUUGCAGGAUUCACAAUCUGGGGCUUUGCUCACUCCCUGGAGACACUCUUAGUGUUCGCCCUCAUCUUCGGCAUGUUUGCAGGCGCAUUCCCCGUUUUCUGGGCCAAGUUCGGAGCCAUCCUGUCUGACGACCCAGCGCCUGUGUUCAGCAUGAUGGCCUUCGGAAAGGGAAUCGGCAAUCUUGCCACGGGUCCCAUCAGCGCCGGUCUCCUGACCAAGCCGAUCAGCUCUGGGUACGGCAUGGGACGAUACGAGUCCUUGAUUCUGUUUCUUGGAUCUUUCAUGUUCUGCUCCUCAUUGGGAAUUCUUGGAUGGCCUCUCAAGAAGGUGGCUGUUCGUAACUGA